GAGGCGGCUCAGAGGUUGCAAGUCGGAAGGUGUAGAUUGGCACAGGGUCAGCAAUUGCUCAGCAGUAAGGCAGCAGCAACACCAGCCAGCAUCAGCGCCAGCACCAGCAAUGACAGGCACUCCGCUCGGAGAGCUCAUUUACAUUGCGGUCAAGCCGAUCUUCAAGAUCUAUCUGAUCAUCGGGGUCGGGUUCUAUCUUGCCCGAAAAAACAUCCUCACGGUGGACACCUCCAAGAACAUCAGCACGAUCGCCAUCCAGGUGCUCAUUCCGUGCUUGACAUUCCAGAAGAUCGUGACCAACAUCAACAACACGCUGAUCCACGAGAUCGCCACGAUCGUGGUGAUCGGGUACUUCAUGAUGUUCUCGCAGGCCGUGGUGGUGUUUGCGGUCGGCGUGGCGGUCGGGUGCCCCCGCAACUGGUGGGGCGGGUUGAUUCUCUGCGGACUGCUCCCGAACAUCUCCGACCUCCCCAUCGCGUACUUGCAGACGAUGGAGACCGCGGACAUCUUCCCCGACGUGGACCUCGGCGUGUCCUUCGUGAUGAUCUACAUGGGCUUGCAGCUCCUCUUGCAGUUCACGCUCGGCUCGUACAAGCUCAUCGAGCACGACUUCCAGGUCGACCUGCGCAUGGAGCAGGAGCGGGAGAAGCACGGCGGCGACCUUGAACAGGGCAGCUCCGGGAGCGACAACAGGUCCUCGUCCGAGGAGGUGGCCGAGAGUGACAAGUCCAGAGAAGCCACAGCAGCAAGCUCGGCCGCCGCUACUGCCGCACACGACAGCAGCAGUGCCAGUGUGGCACGAUACAGACCCCCCGUUGAGGACGCGUCCGGAGACGAGGACCACGAGGACCUCGGCGAAUCCAUCGCGUCCGACGAGACGACAGACCGGUUUGCAGUGCCCCUGGAGUCGUCGCCACAUGCACCGGCCAAGCCGGCCAGGACGCACGAGCUCUCGAAGCUCUCGAGCAGGGUCUCGCUACCGGGGAACAUCCUUCAGAACUCGCACGCUGGCCAGGCGCCGGAGGGAAUCCAGGACAUCAUCCGCGUGUACUCGAAGUACGACCAGUUGGUGGAGGAGCAAAGUCUAGAGCGGCAGGAAGAGGGUAUCGAAGGAGAUGCGGAUGAGGACGACCCGGCCAAGACCGGGAACGCUUUGCAGAGAAUGGCCCACUCCGUGCGCUCUGUCGAGUGGAAGAAGUUCUGCUUUUCGAUGCUGGCCGUGUGGAAGGACUCGCUCCGACAGCCAGCCUCCGUAACCCUUGUGAUAUCCGUCGCCGUCUCGAUGAUCCCCUGGGUCCAGGCGCUCUUUGUCGAGUCGAAGCAGACGACGCUCCCGGCCGCCCCGGACAAGCAACCCCCGCUCUCCUUCAUCAUGGACUUUGCCAGCUACAUUGGAGCCGCACAGGUCCCCUUCGGCUUGUUGCUGCUUGGCGGCACCAUCGGCCGCUUGCGCAUCAACGACUUCCCGAAACGUCUCUGGCGGAUCCCCAUCGCCGUCACCUUCCUCCGGCUCUUCAUCUUCCCCAUUAUCGGCUGUGCCUUCAACUCCAAGAUCUACGCCGACGGCCUCUUCUACAACAAUGAUAUCCUCUACUUCCUUUCCAACAUCGACUUCUGCUUGCCUCCCGCAACCUCCUUGCUCUACAUCACCGCCUUCUACACCCCCUCCGACGGGAAGAACCACAUCCAGAUGGACAUCCUCGCCUUGAUCUACAUCUUCCAUUACACCUUCCUCGUCAUCUGCCUCCCCUUCACCGCCACAUACACUAUGAAGGUCGCCCUGCACUACUAAGGCCGGCUCUCAUCUCCAGCCCCACCGUCUACACUCCCCCAUCUUUGCUAAGUAUAUACCCCCGGAUUCUUUUAUACCACGUACAGUAACACAAACCCAC